AACGUUCCAGCUCCGCUAUGCUAAUCCCACGCCGCUUUGCCACUAUCUUCAUGCGCUCCACAUCUGGAGAAUUGUGUUUAGGAGAUCACUCCGUCGGCGCCGUUGGCAACUCCACCGUUGUUGAGACGCUAUGCUUUGUAUCGGAAAACGUGCUACAACUGGUUGCUUCUGUUGUGCUUCUGUUACUGCAGCGAAGAUGAUUGAGGCAAGCG